AUGGAUGAAAAAGGCGGUGGCUCCAACCGUGUUUCGAGCCCUUCAGAUCGUGGUUCGUCACUUCUUUCUGGCAACAUGCCAGACCUCCGUCCCGAGCCGUCGACCAUGACGUACGAGAGCAGCUACCUGGAGUCUCCCAGCAUAGAUAACCGCCACGCAGAUGCCCAGGCCGAGCGCGCUGUCCUCGAGCAUCUUGCCGAGAUGGAGGCCAGUCUCGCAUCUCCCUUUUCGCCUUUGAAUUCCUCGCAGAACACCAACCAUGACACCUUUAUCUAUGAUUCUCCAACCAAGAAGCCCACCAAGAGGGCCUCUAUUGUUGUCCCGACUAAUGAUGAUUCCGAUAAUGAUGUAACCAACACUGAGAUACAGGCUGGCCCGGUUGAUGCCGGUCGCGCCCCCAGCCGUUCCUCCACCACUUCCCAUCGUCAGAAGCGCUCUGGAAGCAACAGGUCAUCUGUCUCGUCGCAGGGCUCCGAUUCCGGAAGUAGCGCGACUGUUGGAGCUGGUGGGAAAAAGCCCAGUCGCCCCGUUUCUCGUGACACCAAUACACCCACCGCUCGUCCCUCCAGUCUCGCUUCCGUAAACAGUGAUGGCGAGCAGGCCGUGUCUUACCGCCUUCCAGAUUGGCUCCGUAAGACGGAGGAUGCCGAGAAGGACGCCGAGAGGCAGGCCGCGAAGCAGGUCGAGAAGCAAGUCGAGAAGCAGGUGGAGAGACCUAGCACGCCAACCACUCCCAAGACAGCUGGCGCUUCAGUGCUUGCUGCUCCCACUGAUACUGUUCUCGCUCGUCACGUUAGUGCCGUCAAGGUGCCAGAUUCAGUCGCCGCGGAGUACCUAUCCAAGCGCGAGCACGACACUCCCCUGCGGACCACUCUCUGGGGUGACACUUACAAGGACCCUGCUCACAGCCGCACGCUCACUUUGAAGGAGCAGGGAGUCACCAUUGAUCGUCUUGUCAAGGAGAACUUCGGUCUGAAGCUUAAGAUUUACUUUCUGAAUGAGCGUCUCGAGAAGCUCUCCGAUGAGAACGUCAAGAAAUGCAUUGCCGAGAAUGUCGAAUUGAAAACAACUAACCAGAUCCUCCAGCGUGAGCUCAAGCUUGCAAAGCGUUGCAUCAAGAAGCACGAGAAGGAAAGACAGCUCAGAGAGGCAGCUGCAUCUUCGGAUACCGUCAAGGGAGCCGAGUCCGACAACGAGCAAGGCAACGCUUCUGACCAGGAGGCCCAAGAACGCGACAAGGAGCUAAUAUAUCUUCGUGAGCAAGUCGAGCUGCACACUACAGAGAUCCAGCGGCUUGAGAAGGAGAAGCUUGAGCUUGCUGCUGAGAAGCAACGCAUGGCCGAGGUCAUUCGCACUUUGCGCGACAAAGCCACUGAGCGUCUCAGCCAGGAAUAUGAUCGCCAGGAGGAAGCCGAUGUAUGGAAGGACUUGCAUGAGCAAGAAACAGCCAGACGGGAACAGGCUGACGAAGAAAUUCGUCGCCUUCGCGAGGAGAUUUUCCGGCUCAAGCAGGAGUAUAGCACCGCUCCUUCUGUAGAGAGCAGCACUCUCAUUGAGGAUCUCCGUCGCGAGUCGGACCAUCUUCGUCACGAAAAUGCUGAACUUCGCCGCGAAGUUGGAGCACAGAGCUCUAUGCUGACCUCGAGGAACCGCGAAAUCGAACGCCUACACCAGGAGAUUGAGGAUCUCAAGCUUGCUCAGCGCCGGGGUGCCCCGGCUCCAUCCACCGUCGACAGCCUUCUUGAGCGCUCGGCGUCUCGCGCUGGUAUUCACGAACGUCCGCAGUCUCGCGCCAGCGGCGUGACCCGCGUCAGUGCCCUUCCGCUUGAUGACGAAGAGCGCGAGAGCUAUGAGGAGAAGCUCGAUGAACUUCGCGACAAGAUCAACUCUCUCCGUCUCAAGAAUCGUGACCUGCAUCAGCAGUUGGAGGCCUACAUGAACGACAUCGAGAUCCUCACUGAUGCCAAGAACAAGGCUGAGGAGCGAAUCGCCACUCUCGAGGAAGAAGCACAGGCCGCCGCACGCGACCUCAUGGCCCUCAACGCAGAGCGUGAUGAUGUCAUCCAGGAGUACGAGCACCUGGAGGAGGGAUACAAGGCUGUUGCGGAGGAAAAUAAGGUUUACGCCGAGCUUGUUACAUCCCUCGAAAGCCAGGUCGAAGCACUUCAGGCCGACCUUGACCGCUUCCGCCUCGAGAACGAACAGCUCGCUAUUGAUAAGGAAAACCUUGCGGCCGAGCACGAGAAACUCGACCUUGAAUAUGCCACCCUUCGCGAACAGUAUGACGCGUACCAAGCUAAGGUUAGGGAGCUCAGCGAAAUGGUUGUGCGCUUGGAAGAUACACAAGCAUCAGGGAUUCGCGAGGCCGAGCGUCUUAGGCAGGAUAACGCUGCGUUGGAGAGGGAGCUCGAGAUGCUUGAGGCCCGGCUGCUCGAGGCUAACGAGAAGAACAACCGUCUCACUGUUCAGCUUGAGUCCUCUCAGGGCGAGAUCUCUUUUCUUCGGGAGGAGCAAGAAGCUGAUAAGAUGCGUAUCGGUGAACUUGAAGCCUCUCUCGCAAAUGUUGAGCAGGUUCUCCGCGAUGAAAGGGAACGCGUUCGUGAGCUGAACGAAACACUUGCUUCUGAGCGUCGUCAGCGUGAGGCCGAUUCCAAUCGGGAGAAGGAAGAGGUCCAGAAGAUCAUCGACGAGCUUAACCGCGAAGCGGCCGCGGCCAAGGACGAAGCUAGGAGACUUCGCCGGAACUUGUCCAACAAAGAGGUUGAAGCCGACAACUGGAAGGAAAAGUUCUUCGACUUUGACAAUCGGAUUCGCUCCGCGCUCGGCUGUCUGCACGGCACCAAGUCUGCUGUCUUCGAGAAGAUCGCCGACAUCCAACGUGGUCUUGAGGAGGCUGUCCGCGACCUCAACAACGCCAAAUCCACCCUGGCCGAAAAGGACCGUCUCAUUAAGCAACGCGACGCCCUUCUCGAGUCGCAGGCACUCGAGACUCGCAAACUCGGAGACAUGCUGGAUAAGGAACGGCAGGCUCACCGCGCCACCAAGUCCCAGCUCGAGGCUUCACAGCAGGCGCAUCAGCACGUGAUGCGCACCAACUCCGACCAGGACAAACGCAUCAUGGAGCUUGAGGCUGGUAGGGCUCAAGACAAGAGGAAGAUCGCACAGCUGGAAGCCUCUCUUAAGGAGCAGCUUACUGAACGCAACACCCUCUUACUGACCUUGUGGCGCCGGUUGUCCGCCCUCUGUGGCAGUGAUUGGAUCCACAACAACAGCCUGAUCAACGGACGCGCCUUGCCGAGCCUCGAGUCUCUUUCAUCCAUGUUCCCAGGUUUUGCCAAGAACCUCCUUGCUGCGGUGGGCACCAUUGAAGGGAUGGUCGCCAGCUUCUUCACCAAGACCAAGGUGGUUCAAGCAAGCAUCUCGAAAGAUUAUCAAACCCUCCAGACUCUUCUCGAGAAUCGCACCAAGAGGAUCGAAAGGCUCGAGAGCAUCGUUCGUGCCGCGACUGCCGCCGGUCUCCUGCCGAUCGGCCAAUCACGCACUUUGGAGGUCGACAGCCGCAUGACCCGCGUCGACGACAUGUGUCGGCAGCUCAAGGUCGAGAACCACACCUUGCGUGCUGCUGCUGAGGCUCGGCGCGCGGCGCAGGCUGCCUCCUCUUCGUCGGUUCCAGACCCGGCUGGAGCCGAGAGCCCUGCUCCUGCGGUCCCAACGGGACCAAAGGGCAAAGACAAGGUGACGGGCGCGGCGAAUAAGGUCCCUAAGUCCAGCACCAAGGGGAGUCUGGUUCUGCCAGCUCCCGCAACUCCGACGCGGGCCUCCUCUGGCACGGAGGCUCUGCCCGCCGUGACCGAGGACGGCGACCCGGCCCCCACCGCCUCCGGCUCUGGUUCCCUGGUCCCGAGCUCCACAACAGACAGUAAGUGGCUGUUGCGCCUCCGGGACCUGGAGGCCAAGCUGAGGAUGGAGAGGGAGGGUCGCCUCCUCGACCGUGGCGAGGCUCGCCGGCGUCUUGACGCUAGCGAGCGGGAGAUGGCCAAUUUACGGGGGGAUUUGGAGAAAGAGAGGGAGAAGAGCCGGAGGGCAGGGCGCUAG